AUGACCACCCCAUCCUCUCCCCGCUCCGCCGCGUCCGCCAUGGACAAUUUUGCCAAGAUGCCAGCAGGCUUUUGGGCCUUGAUGUGUGUUGUGGUGUGUGUCGCAGGUUGUUUCUGUGUCUUCCUGUUGAAGAAGGAGACCCCCUCUGGUGACUGGUUUGGGGUUGUUGCGGACCCCCUGACGGCCCUCACCACCUGGUUGAAGGAGAGGCGGGCAGGCGACAGCAGGCAUGCUCUCGAGCCUGUUGGCUCAAAUGCCGCUCAGCCGGCCGCUACCAACAGCCGGACUGGCUACGAUGCCGUCGUGUCUAUCGUGCCCCUGGGUGCCACCCCGGUUGCGUCUGGUCCCCAUUCACCUCCUACCUCGCCUGCUCCCGCCUCCCCUGCCAACCAGCUGGCAAGACACCACCAUCUGGCAUGGUGGCGAGAAGAUCAUCGUUGUGACCAACCCGGCAUGAGCUGGAGUUGA